AUGAAGCUACAGCUUUUGGUAGUAGUACUUCUUGGUCUUUUGGCAGUGUCCACGGCCGCACCAAAGAAAAACACCAAAAAAAACAUUGAGAUCUGGAUAAGACCGAAACCUAUGGAAAUACCAGAACCGUAUUAGAUCAUUUGACCCUUGAAUCGUAUUUUCCGUUGCCACGAUGUGUAUUUAAAUAACGUUUGGGGAAUUGUACAAAUAAUAACCACAUUAUUGUUUAUUAAUAAAAUGGCCACAGUAUUUUAAA